UGGCAGCACUGGUAUCUAUGGCUGUUCUGAUUCUGAGCUUGAUAUUGUUGAUAAAAUUUGAAACAUUCUAUUGUGUAAAUUAUAUUGCAUUUGAAAUAAUUCAACAAUCAAAUAAUUGUGUUGAUCCUGCUCCUUAUGAUACUUCUAUAGGACUCAGUAUUCAGUGUUUUUAGUGAAACAUAGUUCAAGUUGACUGUGAUAUUUUGUUUCUUUUGAGGAUUGUUUAAAAGCCGAAAGAAUGCUUCGUGGAAAAGUGCAACACCUAUUUCACUGUACAUUUUUUAUAUCAUUUAUAUUUUUAUUUUUGGUAUUUGCGGGCGCCAUCAAUCUAAAUGACAAGGAAAAACCAUAUAUAGAUCCUUGGGAAACCUAUGGCAUCUAUGGAACCCUAACAUUGUACACAUUAAGACUCUUAACAUUACUUACUAUACCUCAAGUCCUCUGUAAUUUUGGUGGGCUAACAUUAUUUAAUGCAUUCCCAGGGAAAAUUAAAUUAAAAGGAUCUCCACUUCUUUCGCCAUUUAUUUGUAUAAGGGUUGUAACUAGAGGGGAUUUCCCUAAGUUAGUAAGGGACAAUGUAACCAAAAAUAUGAAUACAUGUUUAGAUGUAGGCAUGGAAAACUUUAUGAUAGAGGUUGUGACAGAUAAAGCUAUAAACCUACCUAAGCAUAGAAGAGUGAGAGAGGUAGUUGUACCAGCUGAGUACAAAACUAAAACUGGUGCACUGUUCAAGUCAAGAGCACUGCAAUACUGCUUGGAAGAUACAGUUAAUAUCCUGGCAGAUACUGAUUGGAUUGUACACUUGGAUGAAGAAACUCUGUUAACAGAGAACUCAGUUCGUGGUAUAAUAAACUUUGUACUAGAUGGCCAACACCAAUUUGGGCAAGGUCUCAUCACGUAUGCCAAUGAUCACAUUGUUAAUUGGCUUACAACAUUGGCUGAUAGUUUUCGUGUAGCUGAUGAUAUGGGGAAACUCAGAUUUCAGUUUUACAUAUUUCACAAGCCACUUUUCAGUUGGAAAGGGUCUUAUGUGGUUACUCAAGUGUCUGCAGAAAAGAAAGUAUCAUUUGACAAUGGUCUGGAUGGCUCAGUUGCAGAAGACUGUUACUUUGCAAUGAAAGCUUAUGUACAAGGCUAUACAUUCAAUUUUAUUGAAGGAGAAAUGUGGGAAAAAUCCCCAUUUACCCUGUGGGAUUUUAUGCAACAAAGAAAACGGUGGCUUCAAGGUAUUCUUUUGGUUGUACAUUCUAAAGAGAUACCUGUUGUUAAUAAGGUUUUUCUAGCGAUAUCUUGUUACUCAUGGGUUACACUGCCAUUUUCCACCAGCAACAUCUUACUUGCAGCAUUUUGUCCUAUACCUUGCCCGCAUCUUUUAGAUUUAACAUGUGGGUUUAUAGGUGCUGUAAAUAUUUACAUGUAUAUAUUUGGUGUUAUCAAAUCAUUUCCUAUACAUAGAUUUGGCCCUCUCAAGUUCUUUAUGUUUGUUGGGGGUGCAUUAGCGACCAUACCAUUUAAUAUUGUAAUCGAAAAUAUUGCAGUGAUAUGGGGUGUAUUAGGUAAGAAGCACAAAUUUUACAUUGUAAAUAAAGAAGUCAAGACUCCAACAACAGUAUGAUUAUUAUUAUUAGUUUAAAAGCAAAAACACAAAACAGUUAUUAUUUGAAUGUACAUUGCACAAAUUACUUAAUGAUUAUUAAUUUUAUUUGUUGAGUGUUGAUGUAUGUAUGUUUAGUGUAUUAUGAUGUGAUAUCAUUCAUUUUCAUCAGUGAUUGAACAAUUUAAAACAUGAACAAGUGAUCAAUCACCUAUUCUUUGUUACCAAAGACUUAAAGUAAUAUUUUUUAGUUAUGCAUAAUGUCCAUUCUUCAAAUUGUUGUUUAUUUUUUAUUCUUAUGUCUGGGAAAAUGUUGUAUGUGUUUUUUUCCAUAUAAAUUGAGAUAUAUUUGUAUUUUUGGGUGUUUAAUAGUUUGUUAUUGUUGUUUCUUUCUUAAAUUUUGUAUGUAUGGGGGAUUGCUUGUAAAGGAGUUUUAACUUCAGUAAUGUUACAUAGUAGUAAACACCCAAAGGCUAAUUAAUUAUUACUAAUUAGCUGAUUUUAAAAAUAAAUGUGAAAGUAUUAUAAGAUAGCACAAAAUUUAUAUUAUUUACUUAAUUAUGUAAUCAUUUAAUUUUUAAUUAUGUAAUAAUUUCAAUCGAUUGUCAGUUUAAUAACUCAGCACAGGGCCGGCCUAUGGGUGGUGUGAGUGGUGCGACCGCAUAGAGAGGUGGGCAUCGACAUACGGGGAGCGCCGAAACGUAGUCAACAAUG